AUGCCUCUAAAUACUGGCGACCCAUACAUUGAUGCUGGGGUAGUUUCUAUGCCACUUUCCGAUUUAGUAAACGCAAAAAUUGGUGUGGAAGCUACAGCAUACCUGUCAAAUCUUUUGAAAGGCCCUGCCGAUGAACCUCUACUUGCAGCCCUGGGUGGAGAACCCAUGGCAUUGAAAUUACACAUCGAGAACGAUUUGGACAAGUGGAAGGAGCAUGAAAUGGAGCCAUACUUCGUUUUUGAAGGUCAAUCAGUUGUUGGCAAGAAGGAAAUGACUAUGCGCCGUCUGAAGUCUGCUAUACCCGAAACAGAACAAGCCUGGGCAAUUUAUAACCAAGGCAAUCCUACAGAUGCUGUCGCAGCUUUUCGCAAAGCCAGCGCUAUCCAAAUUACAGACCUAUACCACAUCCUAAAGGAAGUGCUUACUGCGAGAGACUUGGACUACAUGACUGCUCCUUUUAGUGCUUGUGCUCAGCUCGCCGCCCUCGAUCGCCAUGAUGAACAAUUCAUUGAUGGAAUUAUGGGCUCUCAAGAAUUACUCCUCUAUGACAUCUGGGAUGCUGUCAUUUACCCACCUACCCCAGCGGAUUGGGAAAACAAAUCCUUAAGAGGCGUUGUUAGGUCUGAGAUUAUCAAGAAGCUCAAUGUUACACCAGACAUGCUUGCUGAUGCAUUAUUAAUGACCGGAACUUCAUUUUUACCACCGUUCCCUCCCCUUCAAGAUCAAUCAAUUAUCACCCGUCAACCCUACAAUGUUGGCGAUGCUAUCAACCUACUGAGAACUUCGGAAAAGUCGGUUAGUGCGACUUGCACGGCUUUUAACGAUAUUUUAAACUUGCAAGAUCGAGAUUGGCUUGACAAGUACCGAAAGGCAAAGAUGGGUAUCAAGCAUUGUGUUACUGUGCAUACAGAUGGAAGCAUUCAUAUCAGAGAUUUUGAUCACUUGACAGGAGACAAUCAUGAAUAUCUUGGUUUGCAACUACCUGCAGAGUUGUACUCUUAUCUUCAAAAAGAUGUGAUCAGUUCGCGUCUCAUGAACACUUUCAACUCUCUCGAAUACCAUGUUCUUCCAACUCUCGAUGGCUUUGUAUCACCUGAAUAUCGAAAGCUAGUUACAGAAUCUCUUUUGCCACUCAAAGAAACUUCUGCAGCCCUAAUUGCUCCCCGAAUGCAUCGUGGUUUCCUCUACAAGGAUAUCACUAUGCGCUUAUGGUUCGAUGAUGAAAACAAGCCAUCAUUAAACCAUAGACGCUUACAGCCACAGACUAAUAAUUUAGUUGAUGUAUGGGGUGUAAAGGAUUCUGAAUUGAAGAAAGUGGAAGCAAAAUCAUUACAAGCAGGAACCUUGUCUUUUGCUGCGAUAUCCUUACUCGAUAACAAGGACCUCCCCGCUAAAACUGUUGGCAAAGGAAAGACUACUGGUCUUUCCUCAAAAGCAGAGAUUCUUUCCAAUUCUUUGUGGCGUCUACUUCACCUCAGAGGCUACAUCAACGAUCAACACGAGCUCACAAAUUGGGGAAAAGCAUUAGCCACUACUUUAAAAGCCAUCCAACCUAUUUCCGAGAAACAUAAGGAUGUUCACUUUAGCGAGGAAGCAGCAUUUGUGGCAUUCGAGCUCAUUCGUUUCCAAAAUCUCCACAAUCGUGACCAUCACCCUGAAUUAAUUGGAGGGCCACUGCGAGGCGAAGAGGAAGACAAAGCAAACUGCAUGCUCAUAAGUCGGGUUGCCUGUCUUCUGAAAGUCAGACACUCCCCAAUCGGGUAUACUGGUCCUUUGAGCAAGAAUUUCCUUUCAUAUCAUUCGAUCAUCAAAUCUAUUCGGGAAACAGACAGAGAUCUAAUUGAAGCCAUUGUCGCCUCGAUGCUUUUGAGUGGUCAAGUUGCCCGCGAUGUUAAGCAAUAUCAAGGGUUAGGUCGCAGUCUUCCAUUUGAUAACGAUAUUGAUAUCGCUUUCGGAAUCGCCGUGAAAACUUACCUUGAUGACUGUGUCAAUCCCGAAUCAUUGAAAGAAGAUAAGGAGAAAAGAGUAACGAGAUAUGCUAAUCAGUAUAUUCCUUACGCAAUCAACUUUGUAGAAGAUCUUGAUGUUGCCUUUGAUUUCUUUGAUGCUUUAUAUAAGGGAGUCAAGACUUUGUCCGACUCAGAGAUGAAGGAUGCUGAGAAGAAGACAUGGGAUGAUGCCAAGGCAUAUCUCGACGCGAGGAGAUAA